GGGAAAAGACAGUAUGCAAGCAAGGAGACUAAGCUGUACAAUUUGCCAAUUUGAUGUGACAUGCUGCCAUUACAAGCUGGGAGAAAUUCCUCUUCUACACAUGAGACAAAAACCUUCAAAUUCACUUGAAAUCGCAGAAGGGAAUUCAAGCACCAAAGAAGAUGAUUGGAAGUUGGUAAAACCACCAAUUUGGCAUAAAUCUAUUUACAAAGAAGUAUAUACCAGUAGCAGUGAUGAAGAGGAAGAAGAAAAGACCACAUCCAAUCCCAGUUUUAAAACUCCUAAAAUGAAUGACUUUGUUGUUGUAAAAUGCUUAGGCAAAAAAAGUACUCAGCACUUUGUUGCUGUAAUAGAUGAAAUUAUCAAUAAUGAGGAAUAUAGAGUGUUUUUUCUAAAAAAACCGGAACUACAAAGUUCAGCUUGCCUGAGGAAGAAAAGAAACAGUUGUUUGAUAUAAAUAUUGAGGAUAUCUGUGCAACAUUAAAUCAACCUACUCAUUUCCAUAGAAACACAUAUACAUUUGAUUUUGAUUUUAUGCCUUACAACAUGAAAUACUAGUGAAUCAGAAUUAUUGCACUAUGUACUAAGUCACUCACAGUAUCACAAUAUAUUAAAAUUUCCAGAUUAAACUAUGUAAAACUUA